GAGAAUCUUUUUACUUUAAUAUGUAGAUGUGUAAUUAGCUAUUUUUCUGGUGGGCUUUGUACAGUUGUAUUGGGUCAGGGUGAGAAGGAAUGCUGGCUUCUCGAGAGCCAUAUAUUUUUUGUUUGUAAAAGGGAUUAACCACUGCCAAAGGUGUGGGCUACUCUGCUACAAGUAGGAGGUCAAACCCUAAUCAUUUUAACACAUUUUUUCAGGUGAUAAAGAAAGUAAAAAGAAGCAGAAAUCUCCUGCAUCCACGGGAUCAGCUUCACAAGUGGUUGUCAUGAGAGAACUCAAGUGGGAUCACCAAAUUGUUCCUAUCGGGCAGAAGGUACAGGAUCCACUUCUCCAUCUGUGCGAGAAGUGUUCCCUGCCUAUUCUGGUCUAUGGUCGACUGAGUCCAUGUAAACACUCCUUCUGCCUGACAUGUGCUGAAAAGGGGAAUGGAAAAUGCCCAAGGUGCGGAGAUGGUGUUCAGCGGAUCGAACGCGCACCGCUGGGCAGUGUGUACGUGUGUUCAGUUGGCGGAAGCCGCUAUGGAAUCUCGGGAUGCCGUCGGAGUUAUUUCUCCCAGCGAGACUUGCAGUCGCACAUCAAGAGACGUCAUCAGAGAGAGCAGGGGGGAGGGGAGAGUGAUGGAGGAGAGGAGGCUGAUAACGAGAUACAACGCGCCAUGUUUCCUCAAGCAGUACCCUUCUUUCCGGCCCCAUUGCCGCACCGCGAGGUCCUUCCAGCAGUGCCCCCGCAUCCUAUUUUGCCGGGUGACAGGCCCUUUGGAAAUGUCGCCGCUGUACCGGUUAUGGAUGGUCGCCAUUUUCCAGGAGUACCCACGAUACCUCGCGAAACGUUUUUCAUGGAGGGUCCACGUCAACAGCAUCCAGUGGUCAGUGGUUUUCCAACGCAAGCCCCCGCUCCAGCCCCUAUACCACAUGUCCCUCAAGGCGCCUUUCCGCGUCCUGAGCAAGGACCUUCUCCGAGGUUUGAAGAGAUGCGGGUGUCAAGGCCAAUGGCCCCUGCACCCAUUGAAGAAGCCUUUGGACCAAGACCAGUAGGACCCGGGUUUCCAGGGAGAUUUCCCGGACCACCUCGGUCCGAGGCAGACUGGAUUCCAGCCGAACGCGGACCGCCUGUUCGAGGAGAGAGGGACUGGAUGCCUCCUCCUGGGCGAGCUGAGAGGGACUGGAUCCCACCACGAAGCGUAGGAAACAUGGUCCCUCCUGGGGCACCUCCCCCGGGAAGACCCCCACCUGGUGACCCUCAUUUUCGUCCAAUGUUUUGAAACCUCGGUUU